ACAUUUAUGGUUUACUUUAAUUUCAAAAUUUUCUAUUCAAUUACAGAAUUUCCACUCAAGUAUUUACUUGAAUUUAUAAUCAAUUAAUUAGUUCUAAUCUUAGAGCAUGCUAUUUUAUCGAGUCUCAUUCUCAGGUCUCUAGUUUCAGUGCUAUAUUCAAAUUUGGUUAGUAAUUCAGUGCACUAAAUAACUAGACAGUGUUCUCUCACUAUAUAUGUGUAUUGUAUACAUAUACUUCUUCUUAUAGAUGAACAAAGUUAUCAAAUAAUAAUUGCUCAUUUCCUUCUGCAUGCAAUGGCUUCAUCCUCUGAUAAUCCAACACAAAAUGAAGAGCAUACGAGAAAGGGUGGAGAAAAUGGUGGCUAUGGAGAAGAUGACUUUGCUUCAAGCUUGGAUCAACUCCAAGGAAAAUUUCGCAAAUGUAAUCUUGAUCCUUUGUUGUUUGGUCCACACCCAAUUCAAUUAGGUGACCCUGCUCAUUUUCCAAUGAAUUGGAAAAAUAUUUCUGACAAUGAGGAUGGAAAGGGGUUCCGUAUGAAUGAAACAAAGAAGAGAUGCCUUGAGGAAAUGAGUGAAUAUGAUGUGGGUGUAAAUUUAGAUUUGGAGCUUAGAUUGUCACUACCAGGGCUGAGUUUAGAAGGCAAGUCAUCAAAAGAAUCAAACACUUCCCCAUUGUCAUCUCAAGAUAUGAGGUUAGCUUUGUGUUUGAAACUAGAUGAUAUUCUUCACAAGAGCCUAGCUGAUGAAGUGCCAUCAUUGUGUGUGAUGGGAUGCACUUGUUGCUUGAUGUAUGUCAUGGUGCCUGCAACCAAUCCCAAAUGCCCCAAAUGCAAGAACACUUUGAUGGAUUUGUUUCGAGAAAACCCAGCUAAGAGAUCAAGAAAGAUCUAAUUUGCAUCAACAACAAUUUCAGUCUCUUUUAAAAUUCUUCCAGUUUCCAGUUAUGUUCCUUUUUAUGUUUAUUGUCAUUUUCAUAAUCAUUGCUUGCUUUGGUUAGCAGUACUUUGUUUCUUCUUUU